AUGGCUACCGAUUGGGAAAAGGAGCGCGGUUAUCUGACACAGGACCCAUCCAGCCCGUCUGAUUCCUUUUACAAAACCCCGCCCGCAUCGAUUUCGCGGCGGUCGCUCCAUCGAAGGGACUCUUCGCCGUGUCCCCCAUCAUCGCCGCCUCUGUUUCCUACGGGCUCUCGCCGCGAUGCGGAAUCACGGAAUCAUGUCCAUCUUGCGAAUGACGAGACCAUCUCGCCGCUGGACCCUCGAAGAUUUACACCCACUUUGCAUGCCUCCCUCGUGUCAGAGAUAUUGUCCUUGCGCCGUGACCUGGAGGGUAAAACAAAGGAAAUUGACACUCUUGAGUCGAGUCUCGAAACUGCAAGGGUAGAAACAGAAUCUCUUCAGGAACUCGUAUCCAGAAAUGCCCAGGAGACUCGGUCGUUGAAGAGACAGUUGCAACUGUUAGAGGGUGGUUCUAACCUGGCGAUGACUGAAUUAGCAAAGGAGAGAGAUGUGGCCUUGGAAAGUACCUCUGACGUUCGGAAGCGGCUCGAGGCAUCGCAGAAAAAGGUCCGGACCCAGGAGGAACAGAUGGAGCAAACCCAGCAGUUAUGGGACCAAGAUAAGCAUAAAUGGGACGAGGAGCGCCGGAAUCUCGAGAGGAAGGUCCACGUGGUCGAAGGGCGGUUGAAGUUAGUUCUCAGCGAAAUCGCGGCUGUAGAAGCUUUUAACGCAACUCACGGUGCGGCCGAAGGAGACACUGAUGGCCAUGGGCGAGAAGGUGCUAUCACUCGCGCCAGCGAUGCUACAAGCAUUAGAUCUAGUAGCCGAAGAAGCACUGCAAGCAUUGGCACCGAAGCAGAUGUACAGCAUUUCCGAUAUUCUGUGAUGAGCCAGGCCAAUGGCCUCGCGCCAAAAGCCGUGGCUCUGAACCUUGCUGAUGAACUUGCAUUCGACGAAGAGGAGGAAGAGCACACAGCCUAUGCUGACGAUGAGCCCCUUCCGGAAGAGAAUUAUACCCCGAAUCAGACCAACCCAUUGGACCUGAAAGCUCGACGGAUCCUGGGCUUGUCUCUUGACGGUCGAGAUGCGCUUGCUCCAAAGUUUUUGGAAGGGAAUUAUGAUAUCGACGAUGAUGCCAAAACGAUCUCGAACCAGGUUAGAUUUGAAUACAGAGACACGGGUAUUCAGUAUACUCCGCCACCAUCCCCGAAGCUUGUUCCUGUCGAAGUUCCCUCCGCCUUCGAGUCCAGUGGCACGCAGACUGUGGAAGUUUCCAUAAUUGCUGUGACCGAAAGUCGCGAAAUAAGUGUGCAAACGACACAGAUCCCUGAAAAAACGGAUAGUAGUACCAUCACAACUCCUGUCAUGAUGGUAUCUUCCUCAUGCCAGACAACGAGCGAACCCGCUGAGAAAGUUGUCAGUGAUGGGAUGCAAAAUGAGAUACCCGUGCAUAACCUACCAGCUACGCCUGAGACCGUUUCCUCUGCCAUGCAAACUGACGAUGUAAAAGUCGAUCAAGUUCCGCCUCCGCGUGUGCAGAUACCCAUUCCAAUGAUCGCUGUCCAUCCUCCGGGAUCAAACCCUCCUUCACCAAGAACCAGUGUAGUGUUACCGCCGCAAACAAAAUCCGCCGCCUCUCAAACCGAUCUGGAUCUGCUCCCGAAUACUCGUUCCGCUGCAAUGCAAACAGAAGAAAUUCGAGUAGAUAAACGGACAUUGAACCUUACAACUGGGCUGUUGCCAUCGGCGAUGCCCGAUACCCCCGAUUCUGAUAUGCUUCCCUACCUCGCUCCACCUCCAAAAUCUCCACGAAGAAAACUUCGUAGUCCUCCUCCAGUUGAAAGCCCUCCAAGAAUCGUCAGGGCAAAACGCGCCGGAACUUAUCAAGCUUAUCCUGGAAACAAUGACAACGGACCGCUCACUGAAGAUGAGCGUUCAGACAUUCGCCGUCCGUUCAGGUCAAGCAGCCUCUUCGCUGGCUUUGGCGAUUUGAGCGAUGAAGAAUUGCCGCGAAAGAAACCAGAGGAGCUAUUCGACGACGACGACUUUUUGAAUCGACCGAUGGCAUCCUACACCUUGAAGUCUGGAAAGCUGGUUUCAAAGAAUAAGUCGUCUAUUUUUGACGACAAUCAUGAAAGGCAGCAUGAUGAGGAAAGUUCUUUCAAUACUGAAACGACCCUUCAUCGUUCUGCUGCCCGGAAUAAAACGAAUGCCAAACGACCAGCAAGAGCUCAAUUGAAACAAAUUUCAACAUUUAAAGAGCCGGAUAUGCGACGUGCAGCAAUGAUCUCUAGUUCUGCUGCUGCACAUCAAUCGUUUCGUCCGCGUAGCCCCAGUGCUCCGAAUUUUAGCGGCCCAAGCACCCAAAAUAACAGUCUGCCUCCGUUCCCUGUACCCGUUCGCUUUAGUUCUCGAAAGCCACGGGGUGGCAGUGAAGGAGCACAGAGCCCUACCCCUUACAGUAAUUCGAACACGUCAGACCGCAUGGGCGAAGGUUUCCUCCGAAAGUCUCGCUCAGCUGCUGUGGUGUCUCGAUUGCAACUCAACGGUCACCAGUCCCCUCCGGCUCUUUCACCUACUUCAAUUGCUCCAGACAGUCCGCAAUAUCCACCCAUGCCUCUUGACGAAAUUACGGUACCCCGUAGUAAUGGGGGCCCGCAGAAACGCAUGAACCGCCAGCCGGCCUCUAGAGCCGUUUCUCAGGCUCACUCAAGAGCGGAUUCGACUGCGACAACCGUGCAGCCGACGAGUGUGGUCGAUGCCAUCGCGCAGACCAUGGUAGGUGGGUGGAUGUGGAAAUAUGUCCGCAGAAGAAAAUCAUUUGGCGUGACGGAGAAGGAUAAUUGGGAUGCUGGCAAGAGCCCAGAAGAAGCUGCUGCUGCCGCCGCGAAUACUGGUGUCAGGCAUAAACGGUGGGUAUGGCUGGCUCCCUAUGAGCGAGCCAUCAUGUGGAGCAGCAAGCAGCCCACCAGCGGCCCGGCUUUGUUGGGCAAGAGUGGCAGGAAAUUGACCAUCCAAUCUGUCCUGGAUGUCAAGGAUGAAAAUCCACUGCCCAAAGGCGCCAGCCCGCAAAACCAGUUCAACCGUUCAAUAUUGAUUCUGACCCCUCAACGAGCGUUGAAAUUCACCGCCUUGACCCUGGAACUCCACUUCAUCUGGCUAACCGCCCUCUCAUUCCUCAGCCAUUCAUCCAUGGCAAUGAACGACCUUGCCGCAUUACCUCCAAUCCCACAGGAAGAAUAUACGCCCCGGCAACCCACCGCCACUCUUCGACGUAACCCAAUCCGUGAUUCGAUCAAGGUAGCCAAGGGCAAAAACCGUUUGAACGGCAAGUCCAAACACCCCUUCAGAUCACAGCCGGCUGCCGUGCCAGAGGUACCACACAUUGAAAGCCACGGCGACGAGCCCGUCGCCGACGCAGCUGACCCUCCAUACGUCCCAAGAUUCGCGUCACAUACCAGAAAAAGAAGCAACACUGCACCACGGCCGGCGCCAGGUACGUUUCGAAGCUUUUCCAACAAUACAACCGCGCCAUCGACGUAUAGUGCCACAACCGCGGGUUCGUCGGAUCUCUAUUCCCCUUCAUCUAUAGAUCCCUCAGGACUCCAUAGCGGCAAGAGCAGCUUUAGUCGUCGGACGUCGGAGGCCAGUGGGCCCAUCAGUGCCGGGAUGGGAAACUUCUUUGAUGCUGUGGGAACAGUGAGAAUGGAGGCGUUUGUGGAUAGGCCUGAAAUCUCUCGCCAGCGAGGCUAUCGAAGUCGGCAUGUUGGUAGAAAGAGGGAUCUCAGCUACUGGCCCCAGAGUCCGGACACGGAUUUCCCUCGCUCCGACGAUGGGAGCGACAUAUUCUUCCGCAAUGAUGACCCUUUUAGAGGAUUUUGA